AUGCUCUAUGUUCCCGACCUCGGUUCCUGUCUCCGAGGAUUUCCAGGAGGAGCCGCGUUUCCCCGGGAAAAGGGAAGGUCCCGAUACCGGGCUCACACUCACCUCCCGCAGCUGCUCCUUCCGGAGGUGAACGUCUGGCAGGCGGAGUCAGGUGACCGGUCACACGACUCACAGUUUGGAUACAUUCUGAGCAUAUUUGUUGGAGUGUCCACUUUCCCAUCCAACUUUGCCAUUGUUGUCAUCUCCUUGCAGAAAGCUGUUGUUGCUUCCAUGAGUGAGCGAGAACCUCUGCUUCCAAUCAGAGGUGGAACAUUGGAAACAUUGGAGAAGUCAGCCAACAUCCACGGAUCAGUGUCACUGAUUGGAGCAAUCAAAGGGCAUCUGAGCACCCUGGCUUCUCUAACUACAGAGAUAACCACUGCAGCCACUCACAGCAUUGACUAUUCAACUACUGAAGUCCUAUCUAAUAAAACUAAAGCAAUCCCAACCUCAACCACAGGUAAUCAGCCCAAUCUUUCAGGCACCAACCGCAAGCUCUUGGUGAUCCCAUUCCUGCUGUUACUGAUCGCUGCUGUAAUUGGACUCAUCGUGUGGUUCAAGAGAAAAAAGAGGAAACGCAAGAAAUCUUGGAUAAGUCGGAUAAGACUGGGACGGAACAUUCCAGAAGCAAGGGACAGAGUCUCACUGGUGAAAGUUCUCUCUUCACCUCAAAACUUGUCUUCCACACCGCUAUGUGCCAGUUUAUCAGGCACAGCAUCAGGAACACAUGCUGCACAGCCGGUGCAAUUCACCAUUGAGGACCUAUCUUUACUCGAAGUCUUGAAGAUUGGGAAGCAGGGGAAGUUCUACCGAGCAAAAAUCAUCCGGGGUAACUGCAAAGGCCAUCGGCUGGUGACCUGCAAGCUGACCAUGAGGAGUGUAUCCCAGCAUAAGCUGCAGGUGGAGGUUGGCAUCAUGAACAAAUUGGGUUAUCACAGGAAUAUCAUUCAACUCCUAGACUGGAACAUCUCACAGGAGCCCUACUUUCUGAUAAUGGAGCAUGUGGGAUGCCGGAACCUGAAAACAUUUUUACAGGAUAACAGGCCCCAGCUGUCCAGCUGUAAGGAGCUACAAACCCAGCUGACGUUAGCAGCCUAUUUCAUUUCGCUGGGGAUGGAGCACAUCGCGUCAAGAAAGAUUGUUCACCGGGAUUUGGCAGCAAGGAACAUUCUGGUUGGUCGAUUUCCACAGGAGUGCAAGAUUGCAGAGUUCAGUCUGGCAGCUGAUCUGUCCAAUGCAGGAGCUGAGAAGUGUAAGACAGCAAAAGGGAACCCUGGAAUCCCGUUCCGCUGGUACCCACCAGAAUUCUUUACUGAUGGGAUUUACCCCCUGCACGGGGAUGUCUGGGCUUUUGGCAUCCUGCUUUGGGAGUUGGAGACUUUGGGCAGUUCACCAUACCCGGAGUUUGAGACUGCUGAGCAGGUGGUGCUGAAUGUUUGCUCUGGAUACAAAAUGAAGAAGCCCUCACAGUGUCGAGAUGAGAUUUAUGAGGUGAUGGAUUUUUGUUGGAUGGAGAGAUAUGAGGAGCGGCCAAUGUUCAAUGACAUCAUGAAGUACCUGGAGGAUUUGGUCGAGAAUGAUGCAGAUUACAUUCAGGUGGAAGACUGUAUUGAGGAAUGUCAGGUGGUUAACUCCACUCCCUGGGCCCUGCCUCAUUCUGCCUCUGUCCAAAACACCUAUGUGAAGGGCUGGCUUGAUUCAGUGUGAAACAGCGCUGCAUGUGUUUGGGGGUGGGGGGAAGAUUGACAA